CAGUCAAUCAUCUGUCGGUCUGUCUUUCCUAUUUUGUUUUAUUUGUCAACAAUGGACCAACCUAACGUCAUCAUCGGUGAUGAUGGCACGGGACCAGGUUCUGGCUCUGGAUCUGGAUCUGAAUUAUCAUCUACAGCCGUAUGGGCAGCAGGCAUUUUUGCAUUCAGCGCCACAUUGAUCUCUCUUGCCUCUAUUUGGAUGCAGCUUAAAAACUAUAGAAAACCCCUACUACAACGCUUUGUAGUCAGGAUUUUAUGGAUGGUACCUAUUUUUGCCAUCUCCUCAUGGAUUUCAUUGGUAUCACUUGAUAUUGCCUUCUACGUAGAUGCCUUCCGUGAUAUUUAUGAGGCAUUUGUCAUUUACUGUUUCUUCAGUCUAUUGGUCUACUACCUUGGAGGAGAGAGAUCAUUGCUCUUGAUGUUACAUGGACGACCUUAUACAAAACACCUUUGGCCUGUCAGCCUAUGGUCUAGAGACGUGGACGUUGGAGACCCCUACACCUUCUUAUUCAUCAAACGAGGCAUCCUUCAAUAUGUUUAUGUAAAACCAGUCCUGGCAGCCGUCACAAUGCUGUUGAAAUCUAACGGAGCUUACAACGAUGGAUCAAUUUCACUCAAAUCUGGAUAUUUUUGGGUAUCGUUCGUCUACAAUUUAAGUGUUUGUCUGAGUCUUUACUGUCUAGGCAUGUUCUUUGUGGCUACACAGGAUGAUCUGGAAGAGUUCAGACCUAUUCCUAAAUUCCUCUGCAUCAAAGCCGUUAUUUUCUUUUCAUUCUGGCAAGGGUUUGCGAUCUCAGUCUUGAUCGCCACAGGCAUUAUGCGGAACACUACGGCGGAUACUGCGGUGGCGAUUCAAGAUUUUUUGAUCUGUUUCGAGAUGGUGUUUGCAGCAAUAGGGCAUUGGUAUUCGUUUUCGCACAAAGACUACACGGAACUGGAUAUCCAUUCUGCAAGGAUGCCAAUAUAUUAUGCAGUUAGGGACGCUAGUGGAAUUAAGGACAUAAUUCAGGAUUCACUAGAGACUUUGAAAGGGACGAGGUUCACAUAUAGGACCUUUGAGCCCUCUGAAGGCGUGGCGACUUCAGGAAUGAGUCGAGAUGGGCGAAUCAUGGCAGGACUUCGGUAUACAGGCGGAGGCACUUCCAAAUACUGGUUACCGGACCCAGAUAAGCUCAGUCGAGAUGCAAUGCGUCAAGCUACCGCUACCGCUGCUGGAGAAUACAAUGAUGAGGCAUCGUCCUCCUCCCUCCCUUUCCCAGGCGGUCGACCGGAUUAUGGACGGAACCCCAAUUCGUAUACGCAGCAGGUUCUGGGAAGUAGCUAUUCAGAGCGAGCACCGAGCCUUUAUUUCCCUGAUCUGGAUGAUCAGGAUGAGGAUGGGAUGGAGGAAUUGUAUGAUGCUUCAAAACAGUUGAAGUUUGGGGAUUAUAAUUUCCCCGCGAUAGAUGUUUACGACCCACAUCGGUCCAAGGAAAGUGAUCGGAGGAAAAUGGCACGCAAGAAUAAGAAGAAAGCGCGACAGCAUAGUUAUGAGAGCGGCUACGGUGGUGCUUAUGGUGGUAACGAUGUCAGGUAUGGCGAGACAUCUUCGUUACUGGCCGGCGCAGAUUCUUCACUACGGGAAGGCGGACACGAGACAAUAGGUCGACCACUGAUGAGUGAGCCUGAAUAUGUAGGUUCAACAUUUGGAAAGACAGGAUGGUCUACUGUCUCGGGUGAUGAAGAUAGAAGCACGAAGAUUAAGGGAGAUAAAGGAGAAGGAGGAGCCACAGCUAGAGCGACAACAACGACGGCGACGAGGGAAGGAUGUGUGGAUAACGUAAAUGGGUACGUGCCAGAGAAGAAGAAAAGAGGGGUGAUGCCAACCAACAACAAUCUGAGCAGCAGCAUCGGUAGCAGUAGCAGAAACAACAACAACAACAACAGCAACAGCAACAAUAACAACUAUCUUCAUUUUGGAAAUGGGUAUGAUACAUAUGGUUAUGGUUAUCAGUCAUAUCAGAAUCAACCACAGCAACAGCAGCAGCAGCAGCAGCAUCAGUAUAGGCCUAAUGGCGGUGAUGAUGAAGAAGAGCAUCGAGGACCAAUGUUCUUUUUCUUGUAACAACAGUUUAAAUCAUU